GUCCCUAAGAAUCCAAGCAUCCGCAAAUCCUCACUCUUUGAGAUAAUUUCUAUCUCAUUUUCCUGGAAUCCAAACAACGAAAUAAGCUCUCUUCUCAUAAUCACUUUUCCAAAGUCUGAGAUCAAAGAUUUGGUUAGCUGCAAAUGGAGAGCUUAGCACAGCUGGAGGCAUUGUGUGAAAGGCUGUAUAAUUCGCAAGACUCAGCUGAACGUGCUCAUGCUGAGAACACUUUGAAAUGCUUCUCGGUGAACAUCGAGUACAUUUCACAGUGCCAGUACAUUCUUGACAAUGCAUUGACUCCUUAUGCCUUGAUGCUUGCUAGUUCUAGUCUGUUGAAGCAAGUCACAGAUCAUACCCUUGCUUUGCCGCUUCGCCUUGAUAUCUGGAGUUAUCUUAUUAAUUAUCUGGCUGCAAGAGGACCGAAAUUGCAGCCUUUUGUUACUGCAUCUUUAAUCCAACUGUUAUGCCGACUCACAAAGUUUGGGUGGUUUGAUGAUGAUAGAUUCCGCGAUAUCGUUAAAGAGUCCACAAAUUUCUUGAGUCAGGGAACUUCAGAUCAUUAUGCCAUUGGUUUAAAGAUUUUGAAUCAACUUGUGUCUGAGAUGAAUCAGCCAAAUCCAGGAUUGCCUUCACCUCAUCAUCGAAGGGUGGCUUGCUCCUUUAGGGAUAACUUACUUUUGCAAAUAUUUCAGAUAUCCUUAACAUCAUUGAACCAACUGAAAAAUGAUGUUGCAAGCCAGUUGCAAGGGCUGUCCCUUUCUCUUGCACUUAAAUGCUUAUCCUUUGAUUUUGUUGGGACAACAAUUGAUGAGAGCUCUGAAGAGUUUGGUACUGUUCAGAUUCCAGCAUCUUGGAGAUCAUUAUUGGAGGAUUCUUCUACACUUCAGAUAUUUUUUGAUUAUUAUGCUAUUACAGAGGCCCCACUUUCAAAGGAGGCACUGGAAUGCUUGGUGAGACUAGCAUCUGUAAGGCGCUCUUUAUUUACAAGUGAUGGUGCCCAGACAAAGUUUUUGGUUCAAUUAAUGACGGGAACUAAAGAAAUUCUCCAAACAGGCCAAGGUCUUGCUGAUCAUGAUAAUUACCAUGAGUACUGUCGGCUUCUUGGACGUUUCAAAGUGAAUUACCAGUUGUCAGAGCUUGUGAAUGUGGAGGGUUAUAGUGAUUGGAUACGGUUGGUGGCUGAGUUCACAUUGAAGUCUUUGCAAUCCUGGCAGUGGGCCAGCAGCAGUGUGUACCACCUAUUAGGGCUGUGGUUUCGAUUGGUGGCAUCCGUUCCGUACUUAAAGAGUGAUGCACCAAGUUCACUGGACGAGUUUGUGCCUAAGAUCACUGAAGGGUUUAUCUCAUCAAGAUUCAACUCUCUGCAGUCUGGGUUCCCUGAUGAUAAUUCUGAAAAUCUGUUGGACAAUGUUGAAGUCCUUCAGGAUCAGCUGGAAUACAUGCCUCACCUUUGUAGAUUCCAGUGUGAAAGAAGUGGUUUCUAUAUAAUUAACAUAAUGGAGCCUAUUCUGCAAUCAUAUACGAAAAUAGCACAAUUGCAGACCUUUGAUAACAGUGAGCUCUCUAUUACUGAAGCUAAACUUGCUUGGAUUGUUCAUAUCAUAGCUGCCAUUCUCAAAAUAAAACCAUGUACUGGUAGUAGUGUGGAGGCACAAGAAGUGCUUGAUGCAGAACUCUCUGCUCGUGUUUUUCAAUUGAUAAAUGUCACUGAUAGUGGAUUACAUAGUCAGAGGUAUGGUGAAUUAAGUAAGCAAAGACUUGAUCAAGCAAUUCUCAUCUUCUUUCAGCAUUUCCGGAAGUCUUAUGUUGGUGAUCAGGCAAUCCAUUCAUCCAAGCAGUUCUAUGCCCGAUUAUCUGAGCUGCUUGGACUUCAUGAUCAUCUAUUAGUGUUAAAUGUGAUUGUUGGGAAGAUUGCCACAAACCUAAAGUGCUGUACAAAGGGCGAGGUCAUUGAUCAUACAUUAAGCUUGUUCUUGGACCUGGCAUCAGGAUACAUGACUGGAAAGCUGCUUCUGAAGCUGGAUACUGUUAAAUUUAUGAUAGCAAAUCACACUAGGGAGCGUUUUCGUUUUUUAGAAGAACUUGGAUGCUCUCGCAGCAGAACAACUUUCUAUUACACCAUUGGCUUGUUAAUUUUUAUGGAGGAUAGCGCUGUGAAAUUUAGGUCUUCAAUGCAACCACUUUUGCAAGUGGUUCUUAGUCUGGAGUCAACACCUGAUUCAAUGUUUCGUACUGACACAGUGAAGUAUGCUUUGUUUGGAUUGAUGAGAGAUCUCAGAGGUAUUGCAAUGGCCACAAACAGCCGUAAAUCAUAUGGUCUACUCUUUGAUUGGCUAUAUCCCACUCAUAUGCCACUUCUCUUGAAAGGCAUUACUCAUUGGAUUGACACACCAGAGGUUACCACCCCAUUGUUAAAAUUCAUGGCUGAGUUUGUGUUGAACAAAGCUCAUCGGGUGACUUUCGACUCAUCUUCUCCAAAUGGCAUACUUCUUUUCCGAGAAGUUAGUAAAUUACUUCUUGUUUAUGGAACAAGGAUACUAUCUCUUCCAAAUCCUGCUGAUAUGUAUGCCUACAAGUACAAGGGAAUUUGGAUUUCAAUUACAAUUCUUUCAAGAGCUCUUGCGGGAAACUUUUGCAACUUUGGUGUGUUUGAGCUGUAUGGUGAUAGAGCACUAUCUGAUGCACUUGAUAUUGCUCUAAAGAUGACACUGUCCAUUCCUUUAGCUGAUUUAUUGGCAUUUCAGAAGUUAACAAAGGCAUACUUCUCAUUCUUGGAGGUUCUGUUCAGUAGCCACAUGGGUUUUAUAUUGAAUUUAGAUACAGCUACCUUUGCACAGAUUGUUGGUUCGCUUGAAUCUGGUCUUAAAGGUCUGAAUUCAAAUAUCUCAACACAGUGUGCAUCUGUGGUGGAUAAUCUGGCUGCUUUCUACUUCAACAACAUCACCAUGGGGGAGUCACCCACUUUACCUUCUGCAAUCAAUCUUGCUCGGCAUAUUGCUGAUUGUCCUAGUUUGUUCCCACAAAUAUUGAAAACACUAUUUGAGCUAGUUUUAUUUGAUGAAUGUGGAAACCAGUGGAGUCUGAGCAGACCUAUGUUGAGCUUAAUUCUGGUUAAUGAGCAGAUAUUUGCUGAUCUGAAAGCUCGAAUUUUGGCUUCACAGCCGGUGGAUCAACGUCAACGUCUUGACAUUUGCUUUGACAAACUAAUGGCGGAUGUUACCCGAAGCAUAGAUUCAAAGAACAGAGACAAGUUCACCCAGAAUGUGUCCGUAUUCAGACAUGAAUUCCGCAUGAAAUAGCUGAAUCUCUUUGGAGGCUGAGUAUCUACCAUCACAAGCAAAUUCUUUUUCUGCCGAUAAUGCUCACUCAGUUUAAUCUCCUGCCUUUUUGAAUUAUAAACUGGAUAUUUUGAUUGCAUGGGAAGAGCAUCAUUUUGCUGCUGUGUGUUGGUUUUGAUGCCCAAACUAAAGAAAAACAGACACCAUGGACUAUUUAUGUUUCGCGACAACAUAGGCGGUUUUUUUUAUGGGAUGGAAAGAUGUAAAUAAUUUUGUCGGGUGUGGAAAACUUGGGGUUGGUGGAUUAAUUCUUUCAUACCAUAGAGGGAUGUAAAUCCUUUAGGUGGUUUGUAUCAAGACAUCGAUAGCCUCAAUUAGUUGUGAUAGUUGAUGCCUCACCCAUCAUUCCUCCCCAAAGAAAAGGAAAACCAAAAACUAAUAAUGACAAUGAUAAAUUAAGAAAAAGAAGAAAGGGGUGGAAAAGGAGAAGAGGGAAAAAUAGCUUUAGCGAAGUUGUUGCUUUGUACAUUAACCUCAACAUAUUCUUUAUAUUUGUUGAUUGUACAAAGAAAGCAACAUUUUAUUU